CGAGACAACAGACAUUAUUUCCGGCCACGCAGUGCCUAGGAAAUUAUAAUUUAUCAGUCAAGCUCAAUGACGUCGUGCAUGGUUUGUACGACACACAGUAUGACACAAACGGCGAAGUAAGUCGCGUGAUAUUUAAGUGCGAAUCUUUAUUACGGUACAAUUGCAUGAGAUAAAAUUGGAACAUCAUUCGACCCUGGUUCGAUCAAUAAUAACGAUUAAUCUCAAAGGAAAGGAAAGAUGAUCAAACUGAUCUUAAUUCUGUCCGUUCUGGCUGUUCUGGUCGACAACCACGUGGAGGCGAGGAUUCUGACUCAAUGCGAAGCUGUGCAAGAGCUUCAAAAAGCUCAAAUCCCGAGAACCUAUAUCAGCAACUGGGUCUGCUUGAUGCAGAGCGAGAGCGGAAUGAACACACGGUUGAUCACUGGUCCAAAAACAGCCUCGAGCUAUAGUUUCGGAAUCUUCCAGAUCAACAGCGCGAAAUGGUGUUCCAGGGGGCACAGUGGAGGAAAAUGUAACAAACGUUGCGAAGAUUUCGCGGACGACGAUAUCAGAGACGAUAUCGAAUGCGCCAAGAAGAUUCAGGCUAUGGAAGGGUUCAAAGCGUGGGAUGGUUGGAUGAAGAAAUGCAAAAACAAGCCAUUGCCGAAUAUUGGAAAUUGCAAACGACGAAAACGAUGGCUGGAAAUAUUAUGGGAUUUGACGCAAUAAGACUUGACGUUGUGUGGUUGUUGUCGAUCAUAUUGAAUUAUCGGGUAUCGUUAUUAUCGAAUGUAAACACUAUGAUGUAAGAUGAUUGUUCGUAUUGGUAUAUACCGCCAUUAUUCGAUAAUUAAUUGUUCAAUACAAAUGAAAAUAUAAUGCGUU